CAGAAGUUUCUCAGUAAGCACAGGCUGGCUUGCCACAAACGGAAGUUUUCAUGCAAACUGUGUUCAUAUGUCUGUAAUUGCACACACCAAGCUAAAAAUCAUGUGAGCAUGCAUAAAGGAAAGAAAUAUCCUUGCAAUGAAUGUACGGAAGUAUUUAGCAUGCCGAACAGUUUGCUAAUGCACAAACGGUUGAAACACGUCACGGAGUGCGUGUGUGAGUUAUGUGGAAGUACAUUCGCCACUCCACGAGGACUGUACUCUCAUAACAUGAAACUUCAUAGGCAGGAUGUAAACAGUAAACAGGGUCCAAAAUGCGAAGACUGUGGCAUUCACUUCUCCACUGAGAUGGCGUGGAAGAAACAUUUGGUGCUCUCCUCGAAACACAAUGUCAGUAAUGGUUGCAAGCAUUGCGGUGAAACAUUUCCCAACGUCGAAGAACUGAAAUCUCAUUCGAAGAUACACGCCCGCAAACAGUCAUCCAGACUUGAACAACUUAAACUUCCCGCGGCUUGCAGUAUUUGCGACAAAUGGUUGUCUGAUCGCAACGAGUACAAAUCGCACAUGACGUCACAGCACCCUGAGACUGACGUCGCGAAGAAGUUGGAUUUGGAGAAUCAAAUGCCAUUUGUAUGUGAAAUAUGUGGCCGUAUGUUUAAGAGGCAGUGUUUCCUGCGGUACCACCAGCGCGUACACACGGGCGAGCGGCCGCACGCGUGCGCGGAGUGCGGGUCGCGGUUCGGCGCGGCGGGCGCGCUCGCGGCGCACCGCGCGCUCCACCACGAGCGCCGCGCGCGCCUCGCCUGCCGCCUCUGCGCGCGCUCCUUCACGCACCGCAGCGGACUCAACAAGCACAUGAAGGCUCACCUCAACAUACGUCCACACAAAUGUACAAUAUGUGACAAAGGCUUCAUUAAUCCCUGCGACCGCAAAUUGCAUAUAAAAUACGUCCAUAAUAAAGUUCCAUGGCCGAAAAGGACAGAAGCAAACGGAAAAACACUGAAAAGGCGGCCCAAUACACAUAAGUUGACCUUAUGA